UUACUUCCUGGUUGGAGAGAGGACACAAAAUGUCGAAGUGUUGGUCGUCUCUGCUUCUCGUCGCAUCGUGGAUUUGUUUUAAAACACACUCAGUGUCAGGCGCCUGUAUGUCAGGGAAAUAUGGUUUGGACUGUAGCUACACCUGUCACUGUAACGCUGCCAACUGCAAUGACAUUAACGGUUGUUCUAGUAGUUGCCAGGAAAGAUGGUCUGGACCCAGAUGCACAACAGAAAAUGUAGCUUUACAGAAAACUACCUACCAGAGUUCAUACAUCCCAGGUUACACGGACGUCGCUGUGCUUGCUGUAGAUGGCAACCGUCGCGCUUAUGGAGGAGUCUGUAUGAUAACUGGAACUAAUAUGCCAUACACGUGGUGGGAAAUAGACUUGGGAAGAGACUACUACAUACACAAACUAGAUAUUUACUUCCGCAUCGACUAUAACGUUCGGAGAAAUGGUGUUCAUAUCUACAGUUCAAGAGAAGCCAACCAAACGAAUGCGGGCCACCUGUGUGGUACAACCACUAUAACCAGUCCUGAUAUAGCAACUGUUAUAUGUGACAGUACAGCCAGAUACAUCACUCUCUACAGGAACAUAUCAAACAGUAACGGUGAAAGCAUGAUGGACUUUUGUGAAGUAGAAGUGUAUGUUUGUGAUGCUGGCACUUUCGGUGAUGACUGCAGCCAGUUCUGUCACUGUCAAGAUGGACCGUGUAACUACACAACUGGAUACUGUACAGGAGGAUGUAAACCAAACUGGACUGGCGCGAACUGUAAUGAGGGAUAUGACAGUGAAUCAGACUGAGACAGAUAAGCUUGAUGUGUACUGCUUCAUUUCAAUUACUGAAGACCGAACAUGCGUCAUUUGAUUUGAUGUUAACUUCCCAGUCGGUGGGUUGUGACUCCAGUCACUAUGGUGACUUAUGUAGUAAACAAUGUUCCAGUAGACAUUGCGACGACACAACCGGGAUAUCAUCAUGUGACGCCAGAGGGUCAUGCGACAGGGGAUGUGAAGCAGGAUGGAAGGG